AUGUCCGCAAACCUCGGACGUCGGCUGUACGCCGAGAUACUGGAAUCGGCGCAUCCGUUUUUCGGUCGCCUACGAUCAAAUCGCAUAGCCCGCCCUCAUCUUUCUUCCAGAACGGCCUCGGAUUCGACUCUAUCCAGCCCGAGAAGCUUGCCAUCAGGGGCAGUGAGGCCCAAUCAACUAACACGACGAUUUGCUUCUGGUGGUCUUCUUGUAUUCGCUUCUCCAGGCUCGACAGCAGCAGAGAACGGUGCUGCCUGCAUAAUCCAGACCAAAAAACUUACAGCUCAACACAUUUGGAAACGAGCCAUACACCCUUCGGUUAACCGUCCACGCGAUAGCGCACCCUCAGAUCGCCCCGAAUCAUCAAGAGAUGACGGAAAAGAAUUUUCUGCCGCAAAACCUAAUGACGCAACUUCUCAGGUCUCGAGUUCGAGCAAUUCGGAAGCUUCGCAACAAUCACCAGCUUCGUCCACCCCUCCACAUCGCCACCACUUGAUGGACCGUUUACCUCAUAUGCCACAUCUGCAUCGACCAACAAAGGAAGAACUUCUUUCUGCGGCUACAGGUUUUUGGUCGCGCCUGAAGGUCCGGUUCAAAUGGUUCUCGAUUCGAAGCGUACGCCCGUUCAACUUGGACGAGAUUGCUGCACUGUUCUCGUGGGUCUUUUUGGGCCAUGUGGUAUGGGUCGUUGUGGGAACAACAACCUUCUUCUCCCUUUUGAUCCUUGCUAUCAAUACCGUUUUUGCUCAAGAAACACUGGCUGGGUGGGUCGGCAACUACCUGACCAAAUCCUCCGGAGUCAAAGUAGUCUUUGAAUCGGCCAUUGUACCCAGAUGGAGAGGAGGCGUAAUUACAUUCAAGAAUGUGUUUGUCUCCCGGCGGCCUGGUCAAGGAACGGGCUAUGUUAGCAAAGGUUCUCCCACGACUGCGGCGGCCGCCGCGGCUGCGGCAGCUCGAGGAGAGAAAGCACCCGAGUCUUCCGCGAUCGAAGAAGAAGAUACUAAUUACACCCAAUUCGACCUCUCGAUUGAAACAGUCAACGUGACUCUGUCUUUUACAAAAUGGCUUAAUGGCAAGGGUCCGUUGAGAGACGUUGAAGUGAAAGGGAUUCGAGGCGUCGUUGACCGGCGUCACGUUCAUUGGCCAGCUGAAGAUCUUGAUCCAAAAUCAUACCGCCAUGAGCAUCACCCUGGCGAUUUCGAGAUCGAUUCGUUUAAAAUGCAUGAUGUUUUAGUCUCGAUCUACCAGCCGGAUAAUUUCCGACCCUUCUCGGUCAGCAUUUUCUCAUGUGAUCUUCCUCAACUGCGGAAACAGUGGCUAUUUUACGAUUUUCUCUCGGCGAACAUGAUGUCGGGCUCCUUUGACAACUCGCUGUUCACGAUUCAUCCGCGCCAAAGCCAUGGCUUCGUUGGUGCCCGAUUGGAAGAUGGGGGAGAGGAAGAUGGCAAGCCCAGUCCAUGGAAAAAACACAACCGUAUUCGGGUAGAUGGUCUCAACAUUGACCACCUCAAUCGUGGCGUCCAGGGCCCUUUCUCGUGGAUCCACGAAGGAACCGUGGAUAUUGUUGCGGAUAUCAUGCUCCCUGCUGAAAACGACGAGAGUAUUGCGAAAGUCAUGGCAGAUUUCUAUGACCGUUUGGAGGCUACGGUCACGUCCAACAAGUAUUCCGAGUCAUUGCCUGUUGACUCCAGUGAGGACCCUAAUUUUCUCAGCGAGGCCGACAAGCGCUUCAUUGCCAUGGAUUUGCGCGUUCACCUCAACAAUGUUCGGGCGGCGGUUCCAAUCUUCACCCGCGACCUUUCUUACAUCAACAACGCUCUCAUUCGACCCAUCGUGGCAUACAUCAAUUCAAAGCGCACUUUUAUACCCAUCAACUGCCGCCUCGUGAAGAGAGCAAGUGACUUUGAUGGGAGCUGGACCAUCUUCGACAGUGGUUUGAUGGACGAUUUGUCUGCUGCGACCUAUGACGCAUUUUCGCGGGAUAUCGUUGAUGACGAAGCGCGCAAGCGGCGCUUCAAGAAAGUAGGCUUCUGGUCCCUCCAAUUGGCCGCCCAGGCUAUUUUCAUGGGUAUGGCCGGUAAUAUCGCAUGA